AUGAAAGAGAAAUUGCUAGAAUCAGACGUUUUAGAAGAAUACAGAAAGACUCACAAACAAAAUUAUGAACAAAGAAUAUUAGAGGAAAACGAAUUAAUUGAAAAACGAAAGACUGAAGAUAUGAUAAAUGAAAUUAUUAAAAAUGAGAAAGUAUAUAAGCAAUUACAAGUUGAAAAAGAUAGAGAAUACUCCAUUCAAUAUUACAAUGAAAUAAAUAAUAUACAACGCUCAAAUACAUUAAAUGGGGAUAGCGAUUUACCUAUAUUAAAUAGUUACACAGAGAGAUUAAUAAAUACACCAUAUCACGCCUACAUGCAGAAUGACACGACUAAUACGAGAAAUAACGACUCAUAUGCUUCUUCCUUUUCACGAAGAAUCGGAGACUUUUUUUUCAGAAACUAUACAAGGCAGUACUUCGGAUGUAGCACAUUUCAGGCUAUUUGUAACAUUUUUCUUCUAAUUUUGUUAAUUACAUUUAUAGUUAUUUUAGUUUUCUUAUAA